AUCAAUCAAAUCAAAUUGACAAGGGUCUAACAGAGAGAAAUCCGUUUAAAAUUGUGAAUAUAAUAAUUGCUAAUAAUUCUAUUGCUAUAUAAGAUGCCUUUACAACGAAUUGUGGCUCUUUCAACCACAUUAGUGCAGAACAGUCGCCCUAGUUUUAUCCUUAGUACGAAGCAUCAGCAGUUAAAUAAGUACAAAUGUCUAACAAUAAACAGAUUGAAGCACACAAAAGUGUUAAAAAGCGAAAAAGAAAAACUACGCACAUACGUCGUACAGAGAUAUAUCGACUAUGUCAAGAACUACACUAAAGUCCUAGAAAAUAGAUUUCCUACUGCCGUAAAGAUGUACAGAGUCUUCAGUGUAGGAAUCAAAGACUUUCUACGAGAUCUUAAAACAUAUAUAUCCUUAAGAAUAAAAGUUACUAGAGACCAAGGAUUUAGUAAUAUGAGCAGACAAGAUAUUGAGUUGUUCCAAAAAAUGCCAUCAGACAUGUGGAGAAUAGCACCAGUUUUAAUAUUAUCUGCCGUACCUUUUGGAAAUUAUGUUAUUUUUCCUUUGGCCUUCUUAAAACCGAGAUCUCUACUUUGCUCCCACUUCUGGUCAAUACAGCAGAAACUGGAAUUCUCCACACAAGAUUUGGUAGAACGUCUUAGGAAUAAUAAACCCGUCUUCAGAGCCUUACAAGCAAAAGUAGAUUCAAUAAAGGACAAAGAAUUGAAGUUAAAAUGGAAGAGAAUUGUAGGACUACUAGGUUCUGGGGUCCAUCCCAAACCAGAGGAUAUUCUGUCUUGCAAAGAACUAUUUGUAAAUGAACCUUAUCAAUUAAGCAGCUUGACCUAUGCACAUGCGGGUUACCUACUUAAAAUGCAUGGUUUAAGAAAAACCAUAUUCAGGAGGAACAAAUUGAAGUACCGGGCCUUUCUGCUGUUGGAAAUGGACAAAGCGAUCAUCAGGGAAGGAGGAGUAGACUCCCUCCCCAUGGAAACUUUAAGGAACGCAUGCCUAAUAAGAGGUUUGAAUGGCAGUCACUUAACAAACCAAGAAAUGAAGAACUGGCUCCAAAAUUGGCUGUUAAUAUCUCAAAAUGUAGAUAAAACUUCUUAUUCUUUAUUGUUACAUACGCCAAUAUUUUUAGCUUACAAUCAUCCUCAAAAUUGGGUGCUGAUAUAUUAGCAGUUACUAUUCAUGCGUGUGUUUAUACUGUAUUUGUAUAAGUGGCAAGGUAGCUAAUGGUUUUAUUGUUGUCUCUGUUUGCGGAACCGGCCUACUCCUUAAAGGCUUACUAAACUUGGUUGGCGUUUCAUAUACCACUGAUAUGCUGCUUCGACACUAUCUGUAGUACUUUACACGUUUUGAAUGCUGGCUGCCGACUGCAACUGUUGGCCGCACUUGCAACGAAUGCAUGAAAAUAUUCGAUAUCUAAGGGCGACUGAACUUGCUGCUCCCCCUUCGAUUCAAAACGGUUUCACGUAAUUACGAACAACUGCAGCAGAUUUAAUACAGUUGCGGCAUGUGCGGUCGGCAGUUUUAAUCUACAGUUCACAUUAAAAACGUGCCUUUAUCCUUUCGAGGACCGCUACUCCAGUAUGUGACCUUUACUUUUUAAUUUUAUAGAAAAACGAGGAUUUAUAAGGAAAAAUCUCUUUGAUACCAAAAUGUUAAAAAUGUUAGUGCUUAGGUUUGUGUAUCAGCAAUAAAAUAACUAUGGUAUUGCUUACAAGCUAUGUUUGCUUAAAGCUAUGCAAAAAAAUCUUAAAUAAUUAACAGUAAAGAAUAUUAUGUGUAUUGGGAAAUGGAAAAUAGAUUUGCUUUCCACUGUCAAAAGAGCCACAAAUGAAAGUUAUGAUGUAACUAUUUUACUUCCAAUAUAUUGAAUGUUUAUCGAAGCUUCCUAUUCUUCUUAGCUAUUCUUUUGAAAGAAGAUCAGAUGUUUUGUGCCAAAAAUAGACAAAUAAUUACAACCUUAUAUGUAAGUAAAAAUAUUGCAGGAACCAAAAUUAUGGCCUUAUAUAAACUUACCCAAAGCCUGAUUCCUACUAUAGGUAUGUUCUUGCACACAAUUAUUUUACAUUAUAUUGACUAUCAUCACCAUAUCGUCCACCAACAAGGUGGACAGACAACCUUAUAAAGGUCGCCGGAAGACGCUGGUUGCAGGUCGCCUCCAACAGGUAUCUGUGGAGAUCUAUAGGGGAGGCCUAUGUUCAGCAGUGGACGUCCUAUGGCUGAGAUGAUGAUGAUGAUGAUAUUGACUAUGACAAUUAAUAUUAAUAUUUAUUGCAAAUUAUAAAUAUAGUUGUAAUGUAUUUUACUGUGAAUUUGCGUCAAAUUAUAAUUUGUCUUCUUUGCUGUACUUCCAAAAAUCCUGUACAUAUUGUGGUCGAUGUUUGUCUAAGCAGAGUAGUGUUAUUUUAUACUUUUGAUAAAUAUAU